AUGUGCAACUUCAUCACACACUGUCAUACCGUAACAAAAAUCCGGGCCUCCAGCAUACAAACAUAUCUAGCUGGUAUCAAUUUAUUCCAUAAAUUAUCCACCGGCCUCCCUUGUCAAUCAAUCUCGCAUGCUCACGUCACCAUGCUAAUCAAAGGCUUACGAAAGCAAGAACCAGCGCUGACAGCCAGACGCCUCGCCCUCACCUCCGAUCUGCUCUGCUGCUGUAUACACACUCUGCGCUCCGGUUACAUCUCCCCCACAGUCGACUUAACACUGGAAUCAAUGUUUCUACUUGCCUUCUUCGGAUUCCUGAGGUGCUCUGAAUUCGCUCCAACAUCAUCUGUCUACGAUCCUUCCCGUCAUCCCAGUCUAUCCGACAUCACCACCCACACUUCAGACUCGCUCAUAUUCACGCUCUGCAGGAGUAAAACUGAUCAGUUAGGAGUAACCUUUCCCAUCUACAUCUUCCGCCUCAACUCCUUUCUCAGCCCGCACGAGCCAUUGACCAGAUACAUCCACACCCGGUAUUCCGCCCACGCUUCACCACAAGAUCCCCUCUUCCCCACCGAAACAGGGAGGAUGGCCACCCGUUUCUGGUUCCAGAAACACUUCCAUAACAUCCUCCGUCUCUCCGGAAUUUCAUCAGAUCAUUACUCUUGCCAUUCGUUCCGCAUCGGCGCCGCCUCCUCAGCCGCCAGAUCAGGUAUUUCAGACCAAGUCAUUCAGGUCCUCGGCCGCUGGUCUUCACAAGCAUAUCAAACCUACAUCCACAAUAACCUCAAUGAUCUCCGUCUAGCGCACGACAGACUAAGCCUCACUUAAUCAGACUCUUUUGGGGGCUUCCUAACUGCACGGGCUCAUCAGAACACGAGACGGAACCCCCACACUGAGUCUCUCCGCCCACAUCUACACCUCACCCAGUCCGACCCUCCGAU